AUGCGAGCGAGACAUCAGGCGAACCCUCACAUUAGAUGGGUGGUGGGCAAAGGAGAAAUCUACUUUUGGGAUGACAUUUGGGUGGGCGAAGCCACUAUUCGGUCCCUAAGUUUUGAUGAUAGGGGCGACCACAACUCCUUGGUUGAGGACUUUCUCAUGGAUGGCGAGUGGAAUGAAGCCAAGCUCCAACAACUUCACGACCAGGCCGGCCUACCACAGCAGGUAAUAUCUCAGAUCCUAGAUACUCCGGUCAUAGCUGGGGAACCGGAUAUCCCAAGGUGGUCCCUUUCUAGACUUGGAGAAUUCUCAUUAGCAACAACAUGGGACACCAUUCGCACACAUAGACCAAGGAUUCAGGAGCUCGAUGACAUUUGGAGGGCCGGCCUGACUAACUCUAUUGCAAUCUUUAACUGGCGCCUCUUGUCGAACCGCAUCCCGGUCGACUCCAAACUCCAGUGGAGGAAGAUCGAACUGGCCUCAAAAUGCCAAUGCUGCCCCAGGAGCCCUAACACCGAAUCCCUUCAGCACCUCUUCAUCCAAGGCCGAGAGGUCUGGUCGCACCGGAUGCAACAGGAUGAUAGAAAACAUCUCUGCCGAGUCAUUCCGUACCUCAUCCUUUGGUACAUUUGGGCGGAGCGUAACAGAAGCCGGCAUGAGCAAACCCAAUUCAAAUCGUACAACGUGGUGUGGCAAGUUCAGAUAUUUAUCCACAACAACUUGGCCAAUGGGACCAUCAAGCCGAAACACUGGAAGGGGGUGCAUUUGGGAAUGAGCAUUCCGAGCCAGACAGUCUCAAGGGGGCUGAGACCAUUGGUGAUGCCGGUCAAGUGGCAUCCCCCCGAGGGCUUGUGGAUCAAGGUUAACACGGAUGGGGCAUACAUGGAAGCUUUGGAUAAAGCAGGAGGGGGAGGAGUGGUCUGUGAUUGGACCGGAAAGUUGCUUGCGGCUUUCUCGACCCCUCUCGAUGCCCACUCAGCUUUGGAGGCUGAACUCAUGGCGGCUCAUUGUGGACUCGAGCUUGCGAACGAGCUAGCGCAGCUCAUAUGGAUGGAGACGGACGCUGAGCAAGUCGCCAAACUCAUCAAUGGUAAAAUGUGGGGGCCGGCACACGUCCGUCGGGUCAUGGCGCGGCUCUUCCUCUUCAAGCAACAGCACAUCAUCCGCGUCUCAUCCAUCCCCCGGGAGUGGAACCAAGCGGCCGAUAUGCUCGCUAAGAUGGGCUUGGACCAGCAAAGCUACCUUCGUUACUCUGCCCAAUCAGCUCCAAGACCCCUAAAGGACAUCAUUAGAAUGGAAGAAAUGGGAAUACCCAACAUUCGAGUUCGGUUUGAAGAACACGAGUAG